AUGUUUGCCUGGUGUCUGCCUUCUGAUCCUGAACCAUUUGAGCUGGCGGUGGCAGAAGAAGUAUCACCUAAAAUAGGGCUGGAUGCUUGCCGCUUCCUCCUCUUCAACUCCAGCAGCAUGCUCCUGGAUAGUGGCAGCACACUCCUCUACAUGGCCCAGGGCUGCCUUGAAGAAGACGAAAAGGAAAAGAAUGGCCUAUUG